AUCCAAAAAACACGAGUACCUACAAAUCGGGUGUAAAAACAAUUGCUUGUCCUUUCUCUCCAGCCGUAGAAUUCGAAGUUAUGACCAGCCUGGCGGAAGAUCAAGGUCCCAAUAUCUGUAACUGCCAUCGAAUGCGGUCCGAGUGCUGGAUGAGGCAUUCGAUCUGCGCCGAGGACACGAUGACUCGUCUGGCCUUAAAGUACGACACCAGCAUUGGCCACAUUUGCAGGGCCAAUCGAAUGCACAGGCAGGAUGUCCUGCAGGCACGCCACUACGUUUGGGUGCCCAUUCCGACUAGUCAGUCCCACGAGAUGCCGCAGAUCCCUUUCAGAAAAGAGGAGCCGAACUUGCCGCCGCAUUUUUACCGCCAAAGCGAUCCGAAUCCGAAUCUUUUUGCCGACGAUGGCGAUCCCCUGCUGGUCAUCACAGAAAUCAAUUAAAGGGCAAUCGGAGGUUCUGGGAUGAGUUUCACGGCAAUACACAGCGAGUACAAGUCAAAUAAAUUGUUUGU